AAAAAAAAAAAAAAGGAAAAAGAAAAAUCACCUCCCGUCGUACUCUCUCUACACUAGGCGCAGUGUGCUUCCGGGGAAGCCGAGGCCGGAGCCGACGUUACUGUCUCAGAAAGGAAGAAGGCUGACGUACGCAUCUCCGUUUGAAGACCUUUAUCCAUUUUUCUCUCACGCCAAAAUAAAAAACAGCUUCAAUUCUGAGGAUUAGGUUACGACUGCAUUGAUGUUUUUAAGAAGGGAUUGGGGUUGCCUAGGGCGGAGCUAGAUGCAGAUUGCGUGGAUUUGAAACCCUAGGGUUGGUGACGAUGGAAGGGGAAGAGAAAAGCAAGGUUGGCUCUAAGAGAAGGGCAAAGCAGGAUGCUGUUAAGCUUGACUCUGAUGACGAUGAACUUAUUGGGUCUUUCUUGAAGGCGAAGUCCAAAAGGAAAACUAAGAAGAAAAAGCUGGCUUUGGAUGACCUGGCAAUUGACAAGGUAUUGGUUCAGGAUGAUGAUAUUGGUGGCAUGGAUGAUACUUUGGCAAGUUUUAAGAAGAAGCUGCGGGCUCCAAAGAAGGACAGUGAGCUUCUUUCCACAGUUAGGGAGGAUCUGGGUAGUGAUGCAGAUCCUCCCCUUCAACCUCAGACACCCAUAAACAAUGGACAGUUAGUUAUGAAGGCCGUAAAAAAUGUUAAAGUAGGUGAUUAUAAUGAUGGACAUACAGUUGAUAAAGUCAUAGGAGAGUGUCCCAGGAAGAAUGGUAGAAAAUCCAAUCUUGCUGUGGCAUCGAGUAGUCUAUCAACCGAAUUUGGUUCCAGGAAUACUUCAGAUUAUCAGGGGUUGGCUGAUAAAUCUUCACAGAAUGCAAAAGGUAGCAUUCUGCAGCCAGGUGAAGGUUCUACCAAACGUUUUGAUGGUGCUUCAGAAGAUUCAUUAUCUGCUUUGUUCCAAAAGGCACAAAAUGGUUUAAUCAGGAAAUCACACAGGUCUCAAUCUCAGAUAUUCAAUGACAUAGUUUCGGAGGAUAUGAUGCCUGAAUCUAGCAUGAAAACUCCAUGUGAUUUUGAAUUGGCCAAUGAGAAAUCUGAGUGUAGUGAUGAUUCAGCUGCAAUGGACAAUAAGACCAAGGAUCAUUUUGAAGGAAAACUUUGCAGUGAUAUAAGUCAGGAAAGGAAAAAAUCUCAUGCAUUUCAAGUUGAUGGCUUGACCAAUCCAAUAAAGAAGGUAGCUGCACCUGAGAAUUCUCACUGUGGUAUUGAUUCUGAUCAACCUCAAGUUCUGUCUUUUUCUGCAAUUGGUGGAUCGCAUGAAGUACUUUCUUCUGACAACUAUGCUGGCAGAAAUAAAGUAUUGGACAAUUCUACUGAAGAAGCAGACCUUGCUUCAGUUUCUUCAGAAAAAGAUCUUCCCAUAUUAGAGGGUAGUAUGUACUCUGCAUCAGCAUAUACGAUGACCAAGACUGGAUUUGUUACUCAGGUGAAGGAACAGAAUCUAUCUACCAGAUAUGGUGAUGAUUCCAAGGUGUUGCCUCUAUGUCGAAGUCCCAAUGGUUCUCUUAUCAAGAACAACAAAAAUAGUACUGAUCAAUGCGAAGAUGCACUCAUUGCUAGAAUGUCCAAAGAUGCAUCUGGUUCAAACUUCGAAUAUUCUUCUGGGGAAGAAGAAACUAGGGGAGGCUCAUCGCCAUCUGAUGUACCAGAUUCUAAUGGCAGUUGUGCUGAUGAGGCAGGAGUGUCUAAUGAUCCCGAAAAUAAAACCACUGACGUACUGGUUGGUCAGCGUGCUGUACGCACGGCUAGAAAACGCAGGCUUGGAGAUAUGGCCUAUGAGGGCGAUGCUGAUUGGGAAGUCUUAAUUCAGGAUCAGGAUUUUCUUGCUGGUCGUCACACUGGGAAUGGUGAUCAGUCUAUUAAAACACGGGAAAAGUUGAGUUCUUCUCUGUCAGGCAUUUCAGGGACUGCAAAUGGAGGGGCAGCAGCCAUAUCAGCUGGUCUCAAAGCCUGUUCUGUUUGUCCAGUUGAGAAACUGAAGUUUAAGGAGCUAUUGAAGCGCAAAGGUGGCCUUCAGGAAUAUCUUGAAUGCAGGAAUAACAUUCUGAGACUUUGGAACAAAGAUGUCAGUCGCAUUUUGCCUCUUUCAGAGUGUGGAGUGUCUGAUAGUACUUUGCCGGAUGGAUCAUCACGUGCUUCACUAAUUAGGGUUGUCUAUGAAUUUCUUGAUCAAUGUGGCUAUAUAAAUUUUGGUGUCGCUUCUGAAAAGGCUGAAAAUGGUUCUUCACAUAACUUAAAACUUGUAGAGGAGGAAAAUUUUGUCGGAAGAUCAGGGGCUCCUGUUUCUGAUGCGAAUGACGGAGUGUGCUUUAUUCUUGGGAAGGUUAAGAACUUGGAGAAUUUCACUUUGGAAAAGCAUGUUGAUUCACUGCUGCUAUCUAAAGCUGAGCCAGAUGAGGGUCUUGGUAUUCAAAAUUCACCUUCUCAGACUGAGAACAAUAGAUUUUCUGCUCAUAGUUAUGAUGAAAACGGCAUCAAGGAUGCAAGAAUGUAUGGUGAAACAGUCGCUUUGGAUAAGUCAGAUUCAAAUCUUUCUAUUGAAAAUGAGAAAUGUAAAAUGAUUUUUGUCCCAAGUUCAGAUUUGCUUCCUACAGCUGAAGCAGAUAUUUCUAGACCCGGGUCUCUUGGUCUUUCACAACCUCCAAAAGAUAGUUAUAACCUUGAAUCUACCUGUUCUAGUGACCUGGGUCAUUUAUGUGACUUGGAUAAUAGGAAGAGAGUAAUUGUUAUAGGGGCUGGCCCUGCUGGCUUGACUGCCGCAAGGCAUCUACAGCGUCAAGGCUUUCAUGUAACUGUUCUGGAGGCUCGAAGUAGAAUUGGUGGUAGAGUAUUUACAGACCGUUCAUCUCUUUCAGUUCCAGUGGAUCUUGGUGCCAGUAUUAUUACUGGAGUGGAGGCCGAUGUAGCUUCUGAAAGGAGAGCUGAUCCAUCUUCAUUGAUUUGUGCUCAGUUAGGCCUCGAGUUGACAGUCUUGAAUAGUGACUGUCCACUUUACGAUACCGUGACUGGUAAAAAAGUUCCCUCCAAUGUGGAUGAAGCGUUAGAAGCAGAAUUUAACAGCCUCCUUGAUGAUAUGGUGCUGCUGGUUGCUCAGAAGGGUGUAGAUGCUGAACAAAUGUCUCUUGAGGAUGGGUUAGAAUAUGCCCUCAAAAUGCGCCGCUUGGCUCGUGAACAGAAGAAUCUUGCAAGUCCAGAGCUGUCUAAAUCGGAGGAUACUUUAUUGGCUGAUGAAAAUGUUGAAGUUCAUGCCGAAGUUUCUGAGGCUCAUAGUAAAAGGGCAGAGGUUUUGGCUCCUAUUGAGAGGAGGGUUAUGAAUUGGCACUUUGCCAAUUUGGAGUAUGGAUGUGCUGCAUUGCUUAAAGAAGUUUCUCUUCCUCAUUGGAACCAGGAUGAAUCGUACGGAGGUUUUGGUGGAGCUCAUUGUAUGAUUAAAGGGGGUUACGGGGCUGUUGUUGAUUCACUCGGAAAAGGACUUAAUAUCUACUUGGAUCAUGCUGUGACAGAUGUUAUAUAUCCAACAAAUGCCAUGGGCGAUAAUAAGAGUAAGCAGGUCAAAGUUUUUACAUCAAAUGGUAGAGAGUUCUUCGGAGAUGCUGUCUUGAUAACUGUGCCUCUGGGUUGCUUGAAAGCUGGGAGCAUAAAUUUUUCUCCACCCUUACCCCUGUGGAAGAACCUAUCAAUCCAGAAGCUUGGUUUCGGGGUUCUUAAUAAAGUGGUUAUGGAAUUCCCUGAAGUUUUUUGGGAUGACUCAAUUGAUUACUUUGGUGCUACUGCUGAAGAAACAAACCAGAGGGGUUGGUGCUUUAUGUUUUGGAAUGUCCGGAAAACUGUGGGGGCUCCUGUGCUCAUUGCUUUAGUUGUUGGUAAAGCUGCUAUUGAUGGGCAAAGCAUGAACGCUUCUGACCAUCUCAACCAUGCUCUAUUGGUUCUUCGAAAGCUGUUUGGAGAGACUGCUGUUCCUGAUCCAGUUGCAUCAGUAGUGACUGACUGGGGGAGGGAUCCUUACAGUUAUGGGGCUUAUUCUUAUGUUGCUGUGGGGUCAUCUGGCGAGGACUACGAUAUAUUGGGUAGGCCUGUUGAGAAUUGCUUAUUUUUUGCUGGUGAAGCCACUUGUAAGGAGCAUCCCGACACAGUUGGUGGUGCAAUGAUGAGUGGGCUUCGCGAGGCAGUGCGUAUCAUUGACAUACUGGUUGCGGGAACUGAUUACACUACAGAGGCAGAGGCUAUGGAGGCUGCAAAGAGGCACUCAGAUAUUGAGAGAAGUGAGAUAAGGGACAUAAUCAACCGACUUGAGACAAUAGAGGUCUCAAAUGUUCUUCAUAGGAGUUCUUUGGAUCAGACUCAGAAGUUGACCAAGGAGAGCGUGUUACGAGAAUUAUUUUUCAAUGCACAAACUACAUCUGGAAGAUUGCAUGUGGCAAAACAGUUGCUGAAGCUUCCUGUUGGAUUCUUGAAAUCAUUUGCUGGAAAUAAAGAUGGCCUAAGCAAGCUCAACUCUUGGAUGCUAGACUCCAUGGGAAAGGACGGGACUCAGUUAUUGCGUCAUUGUGUUCGUCUACUCGUACUUGUUUCAACCGAUUUGCUGGCUGUGCGUCUCUCAGGCAUUGGAAAGACGGUAAAAGAAAAGGUUUGUGUACACACAAGCCGUGACAUACGUGCUAUUGCAAGCCAACUCGUUAAGGUGUGGAUUGAAAUCUUUCGUAAAGAGAAAGAUUCACUGAAAAGGCUGAGACAGCCAAAUGGGGUUGAUUCUGCAAAGUCUAGAUCAUCGGUGGCUCCGGGUAAACCACCUUUGCGGAUCACUAACAUUUCUGCAGAAAACCGGGGAGCUUCAAAAGUUUUGUCUUCUAGGAAUCAUUUGACAUCAAGUAUCCAUAGUAGGAAAUUGAACACAUCCAAGCCAGUAAAGCCCGAAACGUGUACUGACUCAAGAUUUGAUGUUAAAUCUUCCAGUUCUCAAGGUUCUUUGGGAAGGCAAAAUGAACCAGGAGAGGAAGUGAAAGAAUUGCCCAUGUCUGAGGAGGAAAAGACUGCAUUAGCUGCUGCAGAAGAAGCUCGUCGUGCUGCUGCUGCUGCUGCUGAGGCAUAUGCUUCUUCUGGUCCCAAGAGUAGUUUGUCUUUACCGCUCCCAAAGAUAGUUUCCUUUCACAAGUUUGCUAGGCGUGAACAAUAUGCACACAUGGAUGAGCCUGAUGGCAGGAGGAAUCUGUCUGGCGGUGCAUAUGGCAAACAAGAUUGCUUAUCUGAAAUAGAUUCUAGGAACUGCAGAGUUAGGGACUGGUCAGUUGAUUUUUCUGCUGCGGGGGUGAACCUCGAUGGCUCUAAACUGUCUAUUGAUAGCCAUUCUCAACGGAGUCACUCUAAUGAGAUUGCUAACCAGAUGCACUUCAGAGAGCACUCUGGAGAAAAUGUGGCUGUUGACAGCAGCCUAUUUACGAAGGCCUGGGUUGAUAGUGUUGAUAGUACUGGAACUAAGGACUACAGUGCCAUUGAAAGAUGGCAAUGUCAAGCAGCCGCUGCUAAUUCUGAUUUCUUCCAUCAGAAUAUGGACCUGAUUGAUGAGGAGGACUCAACUUCAAAAUUUGAUUACAGAGCACAAGGUGGCCUGGCAUAUGAGAGCUCUGCUUCACAAGUUACUGUAAGUAAGGACUAUGUUAAAAAUCAAGCAAGAGGAGCUGAACGUAUCAAACAAGCUGUUGUGGACUAUGUAGCUUCCCUACUCAUGCCUCUGUAUAAAGCAAGGAAGAUUGACAGAGAUGGGUACAAGACUAUAAUGAAAAAAACUGCUACCAAGGUCAUGGAACAAGCCACUGAUGCCGAGAAGGCAAUGGCUGUUUUCCAAUUUCUCGAUUUUAAACGCAAAAACAAGAUUCGAGCCUUUGUGGACAAAUUAAUUGAAAGACACAUGGCAAUGAAGCCAGCCGCGAAGUCUUGAUGGUACUUGGGAAUGCUGAUGGUAAUGAUUCGGCGCCUUGUUGGCCAAUAACACAGAAGAUCUUGGGUUUUUGGUGGCUUUUGGAAUUUGUACCUUCAUUAGAACUGUUCAUCCCUCAUAUCCAAGAAACUUCUGAUAUCCUGCAAGUUCGUGGUUCAGUGGAAUUUACAGUUCUUGUGAGUGUAUUUCUCUACACUUGUCUUCUUGGAGCAAAUAUGACCUACUCUUGUUUCUUCAAAAGGUUUCUGACAGCAAGAUCCCUAUUUGUGACAACAAUUGCAUUCCAGGCAGCAAAGGCCUCCUGCAAUGUAAUUUUUCAAAGCGGGAGCUGUAUUAUAUAUUAGAUACCUUUCUCACCUGAUAGGCAUCAGACUCAUUUGAUAUAUGAGACCAGAGUAUAUUUAGGAUUGCGCGUCACAAUUUAUCAGUGUAUCUUUUAGGGUAGUAAGCGAAGACCCCUAUUUUUCAAUUCAGGGAUCAUCAUAGAUGAGAGAUGACUUGUUUUCUCCUCUUGACAGAUGUACAGACUAGGACGGUUUUAAUAUUUAUGAAAAUACUGACAUUGUUCCCCUCAUUCCAAGGCAGUUAAGCUUUUCUGCUUUCUGAUGUUUUUCUGUUGAUGUGAAGAUUAUAACGGUUUGAGAUCAGUACGAUAUGUAUGGAUUAGAUCACUUGUGGACUCUGCUCUCAAUUGGUUGAUU